CUUUUUGUCCCGUAACAAAAAACCAGGUGUGCCAUCUCUCUCUAUAUCUCUCUCUCUCUCUCUCUCUCUCUCUCUCUAUAAAAUCACAGACACAUAGACACACAUACACACACUCUUUCUCUCUCUGAGAAACGAUCGGCAAAAGCACUGUUGAUGAUCAGGGCUACUACCUUUAAGUGAUCAUUUGCUUUAUUGAAGCUGAAGAAUGCAAUAUUUGCUUGAAAAGUUGCUCAAGGAAUCAAGUUGUUGCUGGGAGUGGAACCUUUUAGGUUGAGUUUUCGGCAAAAAACAGAUAUGGGGACCAUACAUCGAAGUGGAGCUCUUAAAAAAUCACAUGAUGGUGGCAGAGUUAUAAUAGCUACACUUAUAGGACUUGUCUUUGGAUUUUUUAUUGGUGUUUCAUUUCCAUCUGUUUCUUUAACCAAGAUUAACUUACCUUCGAGCCUUAUACCAUCUCUUGAUGUAGCCAACAACGAUACACCUACAACUACUGAAACUACAGAAGGUGAAAGUCUUGAGAGUAUUGGAUCAGGCCAUGUUCCAAAGGUAUAUGUUCCAACUAAUCCUCGUGGUGCUGAAUCAUUACCUCCAGGGAUUGUUGUGCCAGAAACUGAUCUUUAUCUGCGCAGAUUAUGGGGUGAACCCAGUGAGGAUCUCAAGAAAAAGCCUAAGUAUUUGGUAACAUUUACGGUUGGCCUAGACCAGAUACACAAUAUUAAUGCAGCAGUAAAAAAGUUCUCCGAGGAUUUCAUGAUUAUGCUUUUUCAUUAUGAUGGUCGUACUAGCGAAUGGGAUCAACUUGAGUGGUCAAAGAAUGCAAUCCAUGUGAGUGUCAAAAGACAAACCAAAUGGUGGUAUGCAAAAAGGUUUUUACAUCCUGAUGUGGUAGCAGCUUAUGAUUAUAUUUUCAUUUGGGAUGAAGACCUGGGAGUAGAACACUUCAAUGGAGAAAAAUACAUCUCCUUGGUUAAGAAACAUGGUUUGGAGAUCUCUCAACCUGGUCUUGAACCUAAUAAUGGACUAACGUGGGAGAUGACAAAAAGGAGAGGUGACAGAGAAGUUCACAAGGAUACAGAAGAGAAACCAGGCUGGUGCAGUGACCCUCAUCUGCCUCCUUGUGCUGCGUUUGUGGAAAUCAUGGCCCCUGUCUUUUCUCGGGAAGCUUGGCGCUGUGUGUGGUACAUGAUUCAGAAUGAUUUGGUGCAUGGAUGGGGAUUGGAUUUCGCUCUCAGAAGAUGUGUAGAGCCUGCGCAUGAAAAAAUUGGUGUAGUUGAUUCACAGUGGAUUGUUCAUCAAGUAAUACCUUCUCUUGGGAACCAGGGCCAAUCCGAGAAUGGAAAAGCUCCAUGGGAAGGGGUUAGAGCAAGAUGCAGAAGUGAGUGGGCAGAGUUUCAGUCUCGCCUCACAAAGGCAGACGAGGCAUACCAAAAACGGUUUGGGAAGGAGUAAUUUUAGUGCAUAUUCCCCUAAACGUCUCUUGCUCCUUCCCUCAAUUCUUCUUCUGUACAUGUUUUUUUUUUACCUUGGCCUUUCACAGGGGUGUUUUAGAAUCUAAUCCAAUUCUUUUGUUGACAUUUCCUGGUGGUUAAGCUCAUGUAUGAGCUUUUCUGUAUCUCAUAGACAUCAUAGUUAUAUAAGAGAAGUGUUACCCAUUUGUUCUA